AAUUCCAAAUAUAAAAUAUAUUUGGCAUGCGAAGUUUAUUAUUAAUAAAUAAUUACCGAACAUUUAAUCAAACAUUACUCAUAUAGCAAUUAUAAAUAAUACAUAACAUACACUAAAAACUUAUUGCCUUACAUACGAAUGCAAUUCUUCCCGGUGCAUGCCAUUCUUAUUUAAAAAUUCUUUGUGUUGUUUUACGAUAUUAUUUCACUUCAUUGCAGUUUACAAAACAUCAAAAACAUGAAGUGAGGAAUAUUUAUAUGGGUUUCAUGUCAAACUUAAUAGUAGCAAAUACUGGCUACAAUGAAUAUGGGGGCCAAUGGAGCAGAGGUGUGUGGAGAGGUGGUAUUGAUAGCUGAUGAACUGAGCAGAGCAGUGGAGCUCACUCUCAAUCCUAGUGUUGCACAUGAAGCCAGAAGCCAAGCUUACAAUGCUUGUGAAAGUUUCAAAGAAAAUUCACCAUGGUGUGCUCAGGCUGGUUUGCUGUUGGCAAGUGGGGGUCAGUACUCUCCAGUUGUUAAACAUUUUGGAUUGCAGCUCAUGGAGCAUACAGUUAAAUAUAGAUGGACCCAAAUAACUCAAGGUGAAAAGUUGUACAUAAAGGAGAAUGCAAUGAAACUUCUAUACAUGGGAGGAUGGGAAACAGGUCAUUUGAAUGAUGCAUUAGCUCGAGUUAUUGUUGAGAUGAUAAAGCGUGAAUGGCCUCAACAAUGGCCAACACUUUUAGCUGAGUUGAGUGAUGCUUGUUCACGUGGACAUUUGCAUACUCAAAUUGUGCUGCAUGUCUUUUUGAGACUAGUAGAGGAUGUUGCAACUUUACAAACAUUAGAACAGCAUCAGCGGCGUAAAGACAUUUACCAAGCUCUUACAAGCAAUAUGGCUGAAAUAUUUGCAUUCUUUAUGCGUCUUAUUGAACUCCAUGUUCAAGAAUUUAGAGAAAAGACUGCAGCUGGUGACUAUGUUGGGGCUGCAAGUAGCGGCAGGGUUGUACAGGUGGUAUUACUGACUCUCACAGGAUUUGUAGAAUGGGUAUCCACAAAUCAUGUAGUAACAAACAAUGGACGUUUGCUGCAAAUACUGUGCAUUUUGCUACAAGACGACGUAUUUCAAUUGCCCGCUGCUGAAUGCUUAUUGCAAAUAGUUAAUAGAAAAGGCUCCGCAAAAGAGCGAAAGCCACUAAUGAUAUUAUUGAGUGAAGACGCAAUCUCAUGCAUACAUCGUGCUGCUGUGGCCAGCAUUUCAGCGAUGGACGAAAAUCAUUACUUGUUCCUGAAGAAACUCUCACAGGUCCUUGCCGGUCUAGCCCAGCAAUUGACGUCCCUAUGGAACUUUGCGACUAAUGUGGAAUCAUGGAUGCCGCUUUUACUUGAGGCCACACUACUCCUGACAUCACAUCCGUCUCUUACACUCGUCCAUACAGCGAAUUCAGUGUGGCUGGCGUUUUUAAAGCACGAUCAGAUUUCGAAGCUGCCAAAUGUGUUGGCCGUUGUACCGAGAUGGUUGCAGGCUGCCGCUCCUAAGGUUUUGAAGGUUACAUACCCAUCGUCCCGUGUUAGCGGCUCCAAUGACGCAGUGCAAUACGCGUGUAUCGACUACGAUAGUGAACAAGAAUUUAUUAUAUUCUUCAGCCGGUGCCGAACAGAAGUAUUGGAAAGUUUUCGAUAUUGCAUGGUAGCGGCUCCACUAGUGACGUGGUCAUACGUGGAGCAAUGGACGCAAACGGCGCUGGACAAAUUGGAGGGACCCGUUGCGAAUGAUUUGCACGUCGAAUGGGAAGCGCUUGCCCAGGUACUAGACGUGGUCCUAUCUCGUCUCUUGCAAGCGGAACCCAGACCCAACGUAGCGGAAGGUUUGCGGUUGCUUCAGCGAUGCGUCUCCUGCGAACCACGAGCGCCAUUACUAUUGUCUCUGCUCUUGUCUUUCAUAUCUGCAUUGUUCGUGUUUCUUAGCUGUGCUUACAGUCAAUUGGCGGGCCCAACGGUAGGUUGCGCAGGCGCUGAAUUACUCCCACGUGUGCUGGAUAAAAUAUUUCAUGUACUCGUAUAUGAAGGAUCGCCCCCAGAAGAUCGAAGCUCGCGUAGUGUGAAAAAUGUUCGCAGACACGCAGCCGGAUUGCUGGUUAAACUUGGAUCAAAGUACCCAUUACUCCUUCUACCCGUGUUUCCGCGUCUUCAUGAGAUGUGUCGCGCCGCAUUGGCUCGGCCUGAUCUAAGCGCAGUGGAGAGCGUCACAUUACAAGAAGCCCUGCUUCUGGUCUCCAAUCACUUGUGCUGUUAUGAGCGUCAAAGCGCGUUGGUUGCUCAGGUGUUAGGAGACUGUAGCGUCCGAUGGGCAGCCCUAUCUGAGCACUUAACAAGCGCACAGUCUUUGGCCCAUCUAAUUGGACUGGAUGCGCCCCCGUCAGACACAGACGAAGAGCGUGGAACCGCUCGUCGAACGCUGUUACACGCUUUAACGCUCGCAUUGGGCGUGGUUAAGCGGACUUGUGUGCCAGCUGACCCGGAUAAGGCGGCAAGGGGCGGCUUUGGGGCGGGGUUGACUCCAUCCGGAAAUCCGGUGUGGCGAAAUCCCGCGGCGGAACAUGUACUGCCGCUGUUUCCUCAUGCUUUGGCUUUGGGUCGGGCCCUUCACGAACUGCACGCUCCGGGGGCGGAGUCCCUAAGAGAUCCUGCGCACAGCCGAGCCCUUCAGCCCCCACCGGCAGAGCGCCGCAAUUUGCUAGGGCUCCGGGAUGACACGCCACUCGCGCCCCUUUCUCCACAGCCGAGUACCCCGCAAGACAGAAUGCAGAACUUCUUGCACACCUUGCAUGAUAAUGUGUGUCAACUAGUAGGCGCAGCAGCCGCCUCCCUGGGCCGAGAGUUAUACGGCGCGGCAGGUCUAGCACGAGCUAUAUGUGGAUCGCUCAUAUCAGCCCCUUCGAGACUUCCAGACCACUGGCUCCGCAGAGUACUACGAGCUGCGUUACGACCUUUGCUAUUGCAUUGUCCCCCAGCUCAUUAUAGGGACGUUGCCUUACCCCUAUUGCAGCAUACGGCACCGCUUAUGGUGGUACAUCUGUCCCAAAGAUGGGACUACGUGACGUCACUGUACGAGUCGGGAAAGCUGGAGGAAGAGAGUGGAAGUGAGUCGCAGGAAGUGUUAGAAGAUAUGCUAGUACGACAUCUCACUAGGGAGUACUUGGAAGUUUUGAAGGUAUCUCUAGUGGAAGCAGCCCCAACAGAAGCAAGUAUCGAUGGUAUGGAAGAAGAAAUGCCCACCACUAGUCCUGCGCGUACGCCGGAGCACGUCUCAGAAUUAGGAGCCGUUUUACUGGCUGAUCCCAUUGCUGGGCCUGCUCUAUUGCAUACGAUUCUUCGAGCUUUAACAUGGAACGACUCGACGUCCUCGUUACGGGCGUGUGCGUUGGCCCUUCCGGCGUUACGAGCGGCGUUAAGUAACGGCGCCGUUAGCGCUGGGGAGGCUAACGGGGCGUUGGCGGCUGUUCUACACGCUUUGAGGCUGCAUGGACAGCAUGAGGCUAACCAGGCGGCUUUGCUGUCGCUUGCUGUACAGGCCUAUGAAGCUCUCCGACCACGUUUCCCGGAAGUAGCGAACGUGUUAGGCGCUAUACCGGACGUAGAUGCGCACGAUUUGCGAAGGUUGGACGAAAAGCUCGCGGCCAACAACGCGCGACCAGCUAAAAUCGACAAGAGCAAGAAGGAUUUGUUUAAGAAAAUCACUUCGAGGCUGAUCGGCAGAAACGUAGGCCAAUUAUUCAAGAAGGAAGUUUUCAUACUAAACCUACCAGCGAUGAAUGUACCUAAAGAGAAACCGCGUAGCGCCGUCGAUUCAGCCGAAGGGGCGGGGCUUGACAAGUUAUUCGCUAACGGGCCCACAUAACGUACGCGUACGUACGUUAAUUUGCGGGUAUUAACCGCGUUGUGAUUUAAGUUAACGCCGCACUAGUUUUUUCCGCGAUUUAAAGUAAAUGCUAAAAUAAUACUUAUAUUGAAAUUAGUAAAUAAUAAUAUCGCAGAAAAAGCCGUGUUGCGGCUGUUACAGAAUGAAUUGAGCUUUUACAUAUAUUUGACUGCUAAUGAAAUGAUAGGAAAAUGGCAACAUUAAAUCGUAUUUUAUUGGCAAUGAGUUUCGAGACUGAUUUUAAAUUAAUUGAUUUAUUUUAAUCUAAUUUUUUCAGAUUGUUUUCAAAAAAAUUUGCAGUGUCUUAGUCACGCUAUGUAGUGUGUGUUCUAGUUUGUCUAAAAUCUCAGUACAUUCUGUAAUCAAUGUCAAAAUCUCAUCUUAUUCAUAAACCUUUGGUAAAGGAUUUUUGUCGCAUAUUUUAUAUAAUGACGUGGGUUUAUGGAUAAGGUCCAUCGACAAUAGAUAACUAUUGCCGCAAUUAUGGCAACAAUGGUGUCUAGUUAAAUUUGGUUUAUUUUUGCGGAUUAUUCUUAAAUAUUCUAAUUGUAUGGAAUUUUUAACACCUGCUUCCUGAACUUGGUAAAAUAAAGAUUGUAUUUUGAGCCAAUAAAAAAUAAAUAAAUUAGUGACGCUACAACCUCUUUAGGUCUUGGCCUCAGAUUUUUGAAUAUCAUGAUAAAUUUAAAUCUAAUAGGCAAGUUGGUGAUCUUAGUUAUAAUACUUUGGUAGAUUCUGGUGUUGAAAAAGCUAUUCAAUUAAGAAUAUGAGUAUUCGAUUUACUUAGUUAUAGAGGUUAAUGCGAACGCGAAUAUGGAAAAGUAUUAGGAACUAUACCGCGGCAGAGCGCAUUAAAAUUAAAUAUAUAAAUGUUUCUUUACCUAGAACAUAGAUUUUACGUCCGAUUAGCAUUUAUUACUAUAUCUUCAAUUUAAACGAUAAAUUUGUACUUUUGCAAAAUUAAUAUUUUUUAAUGUGAAGGCGAUUAUGUCGUCUUGGGAUUUUAUUGAUUUCUGUAUAUAAGUGUGAUUUGUUUGAAAAAUAAUUUCUAAUGCAGAAUGUAUGUAGUUUUAUAUAACACAUGAACGUUCCUAUAUAAUACUGCUGUUGAUUAUAUUAUUAAACACAUGAUGUGAUUUCUAUGUCAAAUGUGUCGUCAUUUCUUUACGCUUUGAUUGGAUGGCAAAAGUUAAAAUAUUUAACAAAUUGUCCAGGGAUAAAUAAAAUUAAAUCCUAAAACCGCUAUCCAUAUUUGAACGCAAAAUGAUUUAAAAUAUAAAUUCAAUGAAAAAUAUUUUUUUAGCAUAAUAAUUAUUUAAUUAAACAAAGGUAUAUACAAGUUAUUGGUUAAUUCUAAUCAGAUAUGGUUAUGUCGGUAAAGAGGCAUGAUUCUGGUAACUUUGGUAGCACUUUUCUAAAUAAAGUAAUUUGGUACUUUACUGCUUACGACAAUUGGCAUAAUGUUGUAUGAUCAUGAAUGCCGAGAGAAGAUAGCGGGCCUUUCACAGCAUUCAAAUGCAUUUCGUUUAUUAGAAGUGUUUUAUGGCAAAGUCUUCAUAGUACUCAAACCUGCGUGGAUGGAUGAAUUUGUUUGUAGUUUUUUUCUAGUAAUUAUGUCAAUAUUGGUGUAAAAUUUUCGUGGCCAUUUCAUUUAGGUUGUGUAUGUUAUUUAGUGCCCUUUUCACAAUAGACAAAUUAAUGUUAUCGUGAGAAACACAAAGACUGAGUCACGACCUAACUCAUAUUAUAUUAUGAUCCUUGGAUUUACGACAUUCCAAAAUAUAUUUUCUUACUUGUUAGCAAAAAAUUUCAGCUCGAAAUAGAAGAUUAAUUUAGAUCAAAAAUGAAAUUAUGUAAUGUUUUGUUUAUUCAAACUGUUUGUGGUAAAUCAAGGAUCGGUCCUAAAUCACAGCUAUGGAAAUUGUUUUUUUUAAUUGUGUUUGUAUUAUAUAAGUGUGUAUAUAUUGGAUUAUUUAGGUAUUUCGCGUUCGCAUAGCCUGCGACCGCCGGGGAUCGCCGCCAUAUCGUAUUCGCGAUGUUAAACAUUUUUAUGUGAAUAAACGUUUAUAUGUUAUUUAAAUAUAAUAUAAAAUUGCAACUCUU